UGUUUAUUAUGUUGUGAAUUGUUCUGCUUAUAAAUCAAACCAAACAUUGUAUUUUGGCUCUGAAGAUUGAAGGAGCUAAACUGAAACUGCAAUAUAUAUGGCUUCUACAGGUGGUGGGAAAGAUGGAUCUAAAGGUUUUGUGAAGAGGGUUACAUCAACUUUCUCCAUUAGGAAAAAGAAGAACACAACAAGUGAUCCAAAACUACUUCUUCCUCGAUCGAAAUCAACCGGUGCUAACUAUGAAUCUAUGAGGCUACCUCAGGGGAAAAAGGCUCUUCCAGAUGUUGUUACAACAAAAGACACAAAGAGAACCAAAUCUGCAGGUGUUUCGCCACAACCAAGACGUGAAAAGAUUGAUGAAUCCGGUAAACAGUUUAUGAAGGUGAGAUGUUUUGAUGACAGUGACUCCAUUUGGUUAUCUUCAGAUUGUGCCUCUCCUACGUCUCUUUUAGAGGAACGUAGAUUAUCUGUCUCGUUUCAUUUCUCAGUAGACGAAAAGAUCGUCUCGUGGUUGUCCAGUGUGGCUAACUCUUCUCUGUCUUUAAAUCAAGAAUCCACCAGCUCAAACAAAGAGAAUCAUCAUCAAAAAAGUUCAAAGAACACAAAAACUUCUUUAGAAAACGUUCGAAAAGAUGGAAAAGUUUGCAACUCAUCAGCUGGGAAAGCUCGUGGUACUGGUUCUGCAAAGCCGUCUUUACCAGAAAGCAACAACAAGACUUGUCCUCAGAAACAAUGUGAAGAGUCAUCUAUUUCCAACAGAUUUGUGACUCUUGAAGAAAAGAAAGUUAGCUUCUCAGUAGCAAAAACAGAGAAGUCUCCUUCACCAGAUAACUCAACUGCCACUGCGACAUCAUCAUUAAAGAAGAGUGCAGAGAUUGGGGUCACAAAGAGUAAGAUUGUUGUGGAGCCACUUUUUUGGCCAUUUGAGCAGAAGUUUGAUUGGACACCAGAGGAUAUUUUAAAGCAUUUUUCAAUGUCUCCGAGGAGAAAGAAGUCGCUAGGAUCCAAGAUUGCAGGUACCUCUCCAAGAUCAAUGAGGGCACAACUCCAAACAAGAAAGCUAGAUCUAAAAGAAGGGUGUAAGAGAAAGCUCAUGUUCAACGGUCCUGGAUCAAAUUCAAAACCAACAAGAAUCCCAGAACUAAACAGAACAAUCAGCAAUAGCAGCAACAAUAGUAGCAUGAAGAAAACCGAGAUCAGCAAGAACCAACAACCUAUAAGGAACAGUGUGAAGAGAAACAAAAGUUUACCGUCGAGGUUGAGAAAAUCGAGCAAAAUAUCUUCAAAGGUGGUACCUAUUGAAGCUGCGGAAGAGAGUGGAGAAAUAGUUAAAGAGCAAAAAACACCUAAGAAGCUCAUCAUGACCCGCAAGUCCAGGACAUUCUUAGAAGAUGACUUUGCUUUAAUGAAUGAUUUCUCUAUAGAAAAGGCGGUCGGGCUUUGCGAGUUUAAGGGAAGAGAAGGCAUAGAUUCAGAUUUCAACACUGAUGGUUUCUUGUUCGACGAUUCUCUAUGAAAAGAAAAGGCUUUACAGGUUCGAUACGGACGUCAUAGAUUCACCACCUUCUCGCGUCGUCACAACAGAGAUACCACCUGCUCGCGAUCCGACGACACCACCAGCACCACCGCCGGAGUGGUUAAUGAGAGAGAUGGCGAAGGAAAACGGCUAUAACCCUAGGCUGAUCAUGUCUAGGACUCUGACGAAGAACGAUGUAAGCAAAAGGCAGGCAUGUCUCUUGAUUCUUGGGAAACUUGAAGGAUCAGAAUUUCUUGGAAGACAAGGAAGCUUUAUUGUUGGAAACACAAUCCUUGAUGACUGAUGCUCGAGCGGUUCGUGAGUGUCUUUUUUGGAUCCGCUGUAAGUGAAGUCUAUUUGAAAAAAACGGAAAACCACAUUGAUCUGUGGUGUAUAUGGGGUUAUGUUCUAUUUGAAAGGAGUCUUUUUCUCUUUGUUGUUUUCAUAUUUCAUAAGAUCAAGCUAUGCUUCAAAGCAGAGGGAUGGAUUGUUCUUGUUUCAAUUCUGAUCAUUUUUUUUUGCUACACCUAGGAAAGAUGAUUUGCUGUCUUGC